AUGGGUCUAGCUUAUGCUUAUCACAAGGCGAUCGCAUUAUUUCUUCGUGGCCUUGUUAAACCCAGACUUCACCUCAACCCAAAGCCAGAUGAAACAGUUUCUAUUCCAUCCCGCCAAAGCGACCGCACCAUUAAAACUCAUGUCUACAAAUCAGCUUCAAAGAAAACACCUAGUCCAGUUCUAGUAAAUUUCUGCGGAAGCGGGUUCGUCCUGCGCACAUUCGGGACAGAUGACGAAUACUGUCGAUUAAUCGCAGACCAAACAGAUUAUACAGUAAUCGAUGUUCAGUACCGACUCGCCCCAGAGCACCCGUUCCCAGCAGCAUUUGAAGAUGCAGAGGAUGUAGUGACCUGGAUAAGAUCGCAACCAGAUCGCUUUGAUCUAUCCCACCUGUCACUAUCAGGUUUCAGUGCGGGUGGAAACAUCGCCCUUGCAAUUUCUUCCUCAUCUUCAUUAUUCAAAUCGACAGAAAAGGGAAAUAUCUUCAAUACAGUCAUAUCAUUCUAUGGAAUUACAGAUAUGGCUCUGGAAACGCCGAUCAAACCCAUGCCCGAUACUUCCAAUUUCAUUAUGCGGAGGAUCUUUCCAUCUUUCUCGCAUCUGUGUCACAAAUGUCUUCUCAUGAAUGGUGCCGAUCCAACAGAUCUUCGAAUGUCUCCUGGGUCCGCUGACCCACAGAAUUUCCCAGAUCAUGUUUUGAUCAUAACAGCUGCGCAAUGCUCUUUUGCUAUCGAAGGUGAGAAGUUAGCAGAGAAAAUUGGUAGUUUAGAUGGUGGUAUAGAAGGAAAACUCACGGUGUGUUGCAGGAUGGAUGGCUGUGCUCAUGGGUGGGAUAAGGAGGUUGUUAGGGGCACCUCUCAAUGCAAGGCAAAGGAUGAGGCGUAUACUCUGGCAGUUGAAAUGUUGCAAACUGGCGUGAACCAGAAUAUUGAGGCUUAG